ACAGCCAGGAGGCGGGUCCCGGAGAAAAGGUAUAAAGUGGCUGCGGGCGGCCGAGGGGCGCCAGCUGCAGAGUCUCCUGGAGGAGACGCGGCCGCGGGCAAGCAGGGGGUCUCCACGGACGCCGGCCUGGCUCGCGCGGCCCUUCCGGCGCUGCGCCCGCACGGUCUCCCCCGCCGCCCAGGGCCCGGGGCCGAGAUGGAGACGGUGCAGGAGCUGGUUCCUCUGGCCAAGGAGAUGAUGGCCCACAAGUCCGGCCGGAAGCUGGUGAAGCUGUACGUGCUGGGCAGCGUGCUGGCCUUACUCGGCGUGGUGCUCGGCCUAGUGGAGACCUUGUGCAGCCCCUUCUCGGCCGCCAGCAGCCAGCAGGACCGGGAGGCCGCCCGGGAGCGGAAGGCCCUGAGGUCGCGGGCCCUGCUGGAGCAAGGCAAGCGGCUGGAGGCUGCCCUGUGCGGCCGGGCCCUCUCCAACCGGCAGCACGCCUCCUAGGACCCGGGAGGCCGGCGGAGGGAGGGGGAGAGACGGGUAGACAGACAGACCGGGCUACAGAGAGAGCCAGCGAGCGCUGGGGUCAGUCUCAGUGGGAGAAAACGAGUUCUGUGCUGUUCGGACUUAACUUCUGAGAAGCCCCCCACUUCUAGAACCGAACUACGGCAUAGAUCCACCAAGAGUUUGGGGUUGAGUUUUGCUGCCGUGCAGCACUGCAGAAGGAGGACAUGUCCAACACUAUGUACCUUUGAGCUAUCUGAGUGCAUCUACUAUUUUGCACGAGAGCUGAAGAAGAAAUGGUUUUUAUAAUAUUAUCAUCAUUAUUACAAUGACUACCAUUUUGCAUUUUGAAAUAAAAAUCGUUUUAUACUAUA